AUGGUUGCCUCCGAAAACCCGCAGAAGCUCCGUAUCGCCAUCGCGUAUGCUACCUUCCGCCUGCACCCAGAUGAUCCAUGCUCACUAUUCGAACGCAGUGGCUCUGGCUUCGGUGGUCUUUUGCUCGCAAUUUUCCUGCAAAAGUACUGCCCGGACCAUGAGAUCGACAUAUACGAAGCCGCCCACGAAUUCGGCGAGAUCGGGGCCGGCGUCGCCAUGUGGCCUCGCGUCUGGCAAGUGCUCAGGUACAUCGGCUUGGAGGACCAGCUGCUCGAGGCGACUGGCACUCUGAACAAGGAAGGUGCGCACUUGAGGCAGCUACAGAGACGGUUCAUUCGUAUCUUACCCUUGCAUCGGGUCUCGCGUUGCACCUACGCUAUCACAAGGGUGACGAGGAAGGCGCUCCUGUUCGCCUUCCACCGAUCUCAGCUCCACAAGGUCCUCGUGGACAACGUCAAGGACAAGGACAAGGUCGUUCACUUUUCCAAACGCCUUGUCUCCUACUCCGAGCCCGCCUUCAUUGACGAACCGAUCACUCUCACCUUCAAAGACGGUACUACGGCGACCUGCGACCUGCUUCUCGGAAGCGACGGCAUUCGGUCUGCGGUCCGACACACCAUGUACACCGGGCUCGCGAACGAAGCCGAGGGCGUCCGUGCGGAAGAGUUGCGGGAGAUGAUCGACCCUGUCUGGUCCGGAAUGGUCGUGUACCGCGGCCUUGUGCCCGCAGGUCAGGUUCAAAACACCAAGUUGGACCUCGGACACGUCGCGAUAAUUAGCCUCAUGUCCUACGCGGUCUCGCGCGGAGAGUUCAUCAACGUAGCUGCAUUCGUCGGGAUCCCUGAUGGUGAGGGAAAGUCAUACGAAGGCCCGUGGAGUGCGCCAGUGACGCAAGAGGAAGUCGCCGCGCAAUAUGCGACCUGGGACUCUGAUAAUAUCGAGAAGCCGUCAGUCUGGGCGGUGAACACGGUUCGCUAUCUGCCGACCUACGUGAAGGGUCGCGUCGCGCUUCUUGGGGAUGCGGCCCACGCCAUGACGCCCAACCAAGGGUCCGGCGCCGGUCAGGCCAUCGAGGACGGCUUCAUUCUCGCGACGAUCCUCUCCCAGCCCGGGGUCUCGCGCGCGACGCUGCCCGAGGCGCUCGAGAUCUACGACGCCCUCCGUCGGCCGGUCUCGCAGGGCGUCCACCGGCGCUCGCGCCAGACGGGGCACAUCGUCAGCCUCGAGAGCGCGGGGUGGGAGAACGUGAGCGCGGCGGAGAGCGCGCGGGGCGGGUUCCCGAAGGAUAUGUUCGAUCGGGUCGGGGCGGAGAUCGAGAAGGAGAUGGCGUGGGUGGGGGCGUCGAGCGUCAUGGACGACCGUGCGCGGGCGUGCGAGAUGGUCAGGGAGAGGUUGGUGUAG